CUAGGGACCAGCUCAAUUACUGUACACUCCAAUUCAUAGAUAACGUUAGCUAGCUAACUAGCAAGAAGUCAUAGUAGGGUACAAUGUGUCCCAUUCAAAAGUCCGUUGCAACUUAGCUAGCUACAUUGAGAGAGUUGUAAGCAGAAACAUUACUUUUAGCCAAUGUUAGCUAACUAGAGUUAGCAUCUUCAUACUUUUCUGCUAGCAGACAGCUAACGGUAGAUGGCUACAUGCAAUGCUAGAUAGUUAGCUAUGUCUACAACCUCUAAAGUUGUACUGGGCAUUUCUGUGAUUCUUACGGUGAGCACCGUUGCAGGAGUGCAUCUCAAGCAAAACUGGGACCAUGAGAGACUUCAUGCGGGAGUACUUCGAGACAUUGAACGUUUGGAGAGGAAGAGAGAGAACCUGCGAGUGCUCGAGCAACAAAUAAGUCUGACCAAGGAGCUCAAGGCAGAGCGCGACAGGAGAGAAUCGGGGCAGCAGGGCUCCGACCAACCCCAGGAGUAGACUGUCUGAUUCCACCUGGUUAUGAUGGAAAGAGGUGUUGAGCAGGGGAGCCAAGUGGAAGAUGAGGCCAUGUGCACCUCUGCCUCGGAGGGGCUGGAGGAGGGUGAGGUGGAGGGCGAGACGCUGCUCAUCGUGGAGUCGGAAGACCAGGCCUCGGUGGACCUCUCGCACGACCAGAGCGGUGACUCGCUCAACAGCGAUCUGGGGGAGGAUGCCGAGGGUGGCUGGAAUGAAGACAUGGCCUUCUAUUGCGACAAGUGCCACAAGUGGAUCCCCAUCGGUGAGAGGAGGGCCAGGCAGCCCCUGGGGGGGAGAUCGACCUCUCCCUGCGACGAGGCAUCGUUCUUUCUCAAUAUCACUUAACAAUCUGUCCAUUCAUACAUAUUCUAAAGGGCUGCUGGGCUGCUGUUCAAUAUUUGGAUGUCAUGUCGUGUCCUGUUGCACCGUACAUGCUUUUCAAAUAAAGAAUGAGAAUGAAAUGAACAGAA